AUGACAUUCAGCGUGUCGUUUGCUGGUAAGACAGUGAAGUUGCUUUGCACUGGAUCCGAGGUUCUAAUGUGCGUGAAAGACGUUUGUAGCCAAUCGGGUCGCGGAAAUACAGUCUUCGUCUCAUUUGAUCCCGAAUGUUGGAGACAUUUUCCCGGAGUAGAUAAUCUUGCAGACCUACUCACUCGCGGUAUGUCAUCGAGUAGUCUCACGGAGAGCGAGUUGUGGUGGAAGGGUCCGAAGUUGCUGUCAGCUUCACCUGCGUCUUGGCCGAGUCAAACCCGAAAUGAAGACGAGAUCAUAGCGACAAGAGUAAAUAGAAAAGAGAAACCAAUCAAGAGCUGCUUUGCGGCUGUCUCACCUGAGCCUGAGCCUGUUAUCGAUUCUACCCGUUAUGAAAAGUGGUACCCCGAAGUUAAAAGGGAAGUCUACGCGGAAGAGUAUACAACAUUGUUGUCUCAACUGCCGCUGCCCAAGAACAGUCGUAUCUUGAAGCUUGGCCCAUUCUUUUACAAGAAUGAUCGCGUCAUUAGAGUCGGAGGACGAUUGCAGAACUCAGAGUUACAAGAAGAAACGAAGCACCCGGUGAUAAUCUCGCAUGGACAUUUUCUUACCGAGAAGAUUUUACGAUGGGUCCUUUGCCGCAAGAAAGAGUGUCGUUUUCCCCACCGUUUAGGUAUCGACUUUGCGGGACCGUUGUUUGUUCGUGGGAGUUCGGCGCAGAGGGCUGAGAAAGCCUACGUUUGUAUUGUCACAUUCGCCGCUUCACGUAUGGAACAUUUGGGGCUCACUAACGAUAUGUCAACAGACGAAUUUCUUCAAGUGUUAAGUCGCAUGGUAAACAGGAGAGGUGUUUGUGACACCGUGUGGUCCGACAAUGCUAAGUCAUUUCAAGCUGCGGAUCGUGAGCUAGAGAUUAUGUUUGGUAAAGGAAUUAUUGAUACCGGCAAGGUUACGGCUCAUUUUGCUGGUCGAGGGGUCAAGUGGAAGUUCAUUACCGAGCGCACCCCAUGGCGGGCAGGUUUCUGGGAGCGCAUUGUGCGUUCAGUGAAAAAAUCGUUGCGGAAGGUUCUCGGAAGAGCAUUGCUCAAGUUUUCGGAUCAAUUGCCAUCGAAUUAA